AUGGAAUCCCCACGCGUGGAUACGCUGGCGAUGUCAUUCUCCGAGUUUCAAGAAGCCGAUUCUAGCGGACUCGGCACUUUUUCUAUGGGUGAGUCUUUUGACUCAUUUACCUCGACGCCGCGUGCGCUCUACUCAGGCGUAUUUGAGGACCGAGGACCUUCGCCCGAGCCGGAUGCGAAUCUUCAGCCACCGGGCACUAACCUGCUCGGAAAGAUGGUACCGUUCCAGUGUAAUCUGCACCCCGACGAUCUGGGCGGUGCAUUUGACAGUUGCUCCAGUACUACUAGCACAAGCAGCUUGGCGAGCAUUGCAAAACCGAACGCUAGUGGAACGUCGUACUCUUAUACUGCACCGUCAAAGUUGACUAGCAGUGCAGAUUCAGAAGACGAAUAUGGCGAACUUUAUUGGAAUGCAGUCGUUGGCUCACCUGAAACGCUUGCACAAGCCACCCCGCCAGAACAGCAAUCAAGCGGUACCACAUCGCAUAGGAGAGAUUGCGAGCAGACGAAAUCUCUUUCGCCCUGCAUCUCUAUUGAUGCUCUUUCCAAACAGGCCAAUCGGAACUUAAUGCAUGAGCCGGAGCUUGCCUCGUCGACUAAUGUGCUGCAGAGCGCGAGCACCUCCCUUCCCAAAGCCAGUAUACCAAAGCAGUUGCUCCCAAGCCACAGCCAUCCCAUGUAUAUGACGUCCCCCCAUGCGACGAUGCCUAUGGCCACUGGCAUGUCGCAGUCUAUGGCACUGCAUAACCAGAAUGCGCUUGGGAACAUUGGCCUGCGAGGUAUACGUAGCACACCGGGUUUUGCCAUGUUUGUGGACCCCCAUGUCACCAAGAAGGAAAGUGUUGCGGAAGCUGCGACGCUCCCUUGGAACCUGACCCCAGCUAUGGCGGCGACCUCUAUUCAAUCGCCCGAGUUUUCACCUCCGACCAGCCCGCCGUCCUCGUCUUUGAAACGCCGAGGACGCACAUCUAUCUCACGCAUGCCGCGAAAGGCGCAAAGCACGCCUUUGUUUGAGCGUGGUCCGCAAAACAUGAAAGAGAUUUCGUCCAUGCCUACCACACCGCGCGGACUUCCGCCGAAAGGCCUGCGAAAGCUUGCGAGCAACAAGCGCAUUGCCACUUCGUACUCGAAUAGCGGUGCAUUGCAAACACUACAGUCUGAGCCAUCCACGCCGUUGCAUCUGCGGGCGCGAGGCUCUGCUACCGCACUACACGAGGCAAAUGCGCUGCACUCUGUUGCGCCCAAAAGUGUGCCUGCCGUGCCGCGCCGCCCAGUAGCGUUGAGCUUUGUGAAUUACGGGAUCGAGGAUGCUGAGGAACUGUGUUCCGCUGUGGCACCCAGCGGCAGCUAUAAGAGCGCGCUUCGAACGCUGCGCGCAACUGAAGACGCUAAUCCAAAUGAUGAUGAAUGUAACUCAGCACAGGCACUGCGGCAUACAGCGUCGUUAGACGCGACAACUCUGACCCCUCCAUUGCCGCCUGCAGCGGAAAUCAAGAGGCGGGAAACGAUUGCAGUUUUGCGCGAACACGCAAGCAUGCAUGCAGAAUAA